CUUCAGAUAAAGCUUGGCUGUCAGACCAUAAAAUUACACAUAUUCUCACAAUCGCGAAUGAUAUUCCACCUUAUUUUCCAGAGUCGUACGUAUAUAAAGUAAUUCAUGUAAAUGAUUAUGAAUAUGUAAAUAUUAUGGAACAUUUUGACAACACAUAUAAAUUCAUUCAACAAGCAUUGGAAGAAGAAAAUGGAAAUAUUCUCGUUCAUUGCCAAGCUGGAAUUUCACGAAGUCCUUCUGUUUUAAUUGCUUAUAUUAUGAGAAGUCGACAAAUUUCUUUUGAUAAAGCACUCGAAUUUGUUAAAAAGCAACGUCCAGUAACUUGCCCCAAUCAAGGAUUUCGUAAUCAAUUGAGGUUGUAUGAAUCUAUGAAAUAUCAAAUUACCAAGGCGAGUCCAAAAUAUUGGGGUUAUUUAGCCAAAAGAUGGAGUAGAACAAUUUUACAGUGA